GUUUCCUUUGCGGAUUCGUCCGACCGACCUCAUGGCGGAGAUCAUCCAGGAACGCAUCGAAGACCGGCUCCCGGAACUAGAACAGCUGGAGCGCAUCGGACUGUUCAGCCACGCGGAAAUCAAGUCUAUUAUUAAGAAAGCCUCAGAUCUGGAAUACAGAAUUCAGCGAAGAACUCUUUUUAAGGAAGAUUUUAUCAAUUACGUUCAAUAUGAAAUCAAUCUUUUGGAGCUGAUUCAGCGGAGAAGAGCUCGCAUUAGGUAUUCAUUUAAAAAGGAUGAGAUUGAGAAUUCCAUUGUACACAGGAUACAAGGUGUCUUUGGACGUGCUUCAGCAAAGUGGAAAGACGAUGUUCAACUUUGGCUUUCUUAUAUCGUCUUUUGUAAGAAAUGGGCUAAUAAAACGCAACUUAGCAAGGUGUAUUCUGCUAUGUUGGCUAUUCAUUCGAACAAACCAGCUUUGUGGAUUAUGGCGGCCAAAUGGGAAAUGGAAGAUCGAUUAUCUUCAGAAAGUGCAAGACAGCUCUUUCUUCGUGCUUUGCGCUUUCAUCCAGAGUGCCCAAAACUUUAUCAGGAAUACUUUCGGAUGGAACUGAUGAAUGCUGAGAAGUUGAGAAAGGAGAAGCAAGAAUUUGAAAAAGCCAAGAUGGAUGUGGUAAAUGUUGAUUAUCCUGAGGAAAUACUUCAGGGUGAGUUGGCACGAAUCAUCUACAAAAAUUCCGUGACGAAAAUUAAAAGUGCAGAAUUUCAUGUGUCAUUGCUUUCAAUUGCACAGUUAUUUGACUUUACCAAAGACCUGCAAAAAGAAAUUUAUGAUGACCUUCAGGCUCUGCACACAGAUGACCCACUCACUUGGGAUUAUGUAGCUCGGCGAGAGCUAGAGAUGGAAGCUCAGCCAGAGGAACAGCAGCCUGUGACAAAGCAAGCCAAAGCAGCUGCGGUGGAUCGGAAGGAGGAGAGGUCCUGCGCUGUGUAUGAAGAGGCUGUGGGGACUUUAACUACUGAAGCCAUGUGGAAGUGUUAUAUCACCUUUUGCUUAGAAAGGUUUAAUAAGAAGACAAGUAGUCGGUUUCUCAGAUGAGAGAGGUUGGAAAGAACCAUGACUGCUUUCAGGAAAGCACAUGAACUCAAGCUGUUACCAGAAUUCCAGUACAAGCAAUGGAUUCAGCUGUUACUGAACCAUGACUGUAUAAAAGAAGCGCUGGAAGUGGCCCAUAGCAGGGACAGUGUCUUUUGAGUGACUCAGCGACAUGUGGCAGAUAAGCUGCAGGUGCUGAUUGCAUAGAGCCCUGACAUUGCUCUGCUCUUUGAAGAAGCUCUUAGAAAGCUGAAACCCAGGUCUGAAAUAUUGCUUUGGGUGACUUGGUCGGAAGGAAGUGAAGGUGCCAAUAGCCAGGAAGAAACUGAAGCAAUCCUUUAGAAAGCUAUUUUAGCUAUCACUGGCCCUGACUCAGCCACUCUGAAGGUUAAGUACCUGGAUUGGGCUUAUCGAAGUGGUGGCUACAAAAAGGCCAGAGCUGUGUUUAAAAGUUUACAGGAAAACCGUCCCUUUUCAAUUGAUUUUUUCAGAAAAAUGAUACAGUUUGAAAAGGAACAGGAAUCCUGCAAGAUGGCAAAUUUAAGAGAAUACUAUGAGAGGGCUUUGCGAGAGUUUGGAUCUACAGAUUCUGACCUCUGGAUGGAUUAUAUCAAAGAAGAGCUGAAGAAUCCCCUUGGUAGACCUGAGAAUUGUGGACAGAUCUAUUGGCGAGCCAUGAAGAUGCUACAGGGGGAAUCAGCAGAAGUGUUUAUGACUAAACAUGCUAUGCACCAGGCCUGCCAGUUGUGACGAGAGGAAGAGUGCAACCCAACUCGUCAUAGUGUCAGUUCUGGA